AUUAACUUGAGUUUGACCUGAGUCUGAGUCAUCCCACUUACCAUUUCAAGAGAAAUAAUGUUCUGUUACUGUUACAUUCUUUUAACCAUUCCUACCUUUGGGGUGGGACUAGGCCAUGACGUUAAAGUUAACUUUUAUGGUUUUUACAGAAUAUGACUACCGUAGGGGAAUUAGUUACUGAGAAUCGAGAAGAUAUUCCUUUGAAACAAGGAAAGAAAUCAAGGAAAUGGUAUGCCUGUAACGAGGAUUUAUUCAGUGGUUCCAAGUAUAUCACCUUUGCCUUCAGCACCUUGACCAUAAUUAUCACUUUGGCCCUGCUCAUACAAAUUUAUUAUGGAGACUAUCAAGUAGUGCCACAUGGUAGUGUUGCUACAGACAGUUUAGAAUGUUCGAAAAUAGGAACUACAAUUUUGAAAAAUGGGGGAAAUGCAGUAGAUGCUGCUAUAGCAAGUGCCUUUUGUUUGUCAGUUGUCACGCCUCAUGUUACUGGGCUUGAUGCAGAAGGCCAUUUAUUGAUUUACGAUCACAAAACAAGACUCCCACCAAAUGUGAUAGAUUUCAGUGAUUCAUCAGCAGUUUCAGAACAUUUGCCCAGAUUGAUCUUAGGAUUAGCUUUUACACAUAAGCAUUUUGGAAGAUUACCAUGGAAAGAUUUAGUGGAACCUGCUGCAUUAUUAGCCAGACAAGGUUAUGUGGUUUCACCCAUGUUGGUUAAAGCAAUUACCAUUUCAAAAUCCGAGGAUCUCUAUGGUCGGUUAGAACCAGGUCAACUUUUACUGCAAGAAUAUUUAGCAGCAACACUUGAUAAAAUUUCCAGUAUAUCAGAAGAUGAACUAUAUAACUUUUUGAAUGAAAUGAAUAGACCACAAAUAACCCAAGCAAAUCAAGUGACUUUCAAUAAACAUUAUGUGUUUGUUCCAUCCAGUACCUCUGUUGGACCUUUGGUGGGACCUGCUUUGAACAAAAUUGCAAAAUUAAAUUUCACCAAAGAGGAAAGUCAGCAACCAGAAUAUUUAUAUCAUUUGGCUGAUAUUUCCAAAACAAUGUUUAUUGAAAAUCAAAUGGACCUAAAAUUCCAUCACGGUACUUUUUCUAAUGUUGCUGUUAUUGAUAAGGAUGACAAAUAUGUAUCUCUUGUAACUGGUAUGUAUGGAUUAUUUGGUUCGGGUGAAAUGACUGCACAUGGCUAUGUUUUGGAUGUUAAAAAUAAAACAAAACCAAGUAGCAGAGUAGCUAUGAUAGUAACUGAUGGAAUCUUGAUAUGUGGCAGAAGAAUGGUGUUUGGAGCAAAUGAUUUGACAUCAUCAACUGAAAUGAUAACUUCUUUAUUGACAGCAAAUGAAAAUAUCACCGAAAGCAUUGAAGCGCCUAGAUUUUAUAUUCUCACCAAUGGGACUAUGGGAACUGAAAGAGCACACUCCCCCUAUUUCAGUAAUGAAACGAUAAAAUACUUCAAAUUGAUAACCCCUGAUCCAAUUCCAAUGGCUGAACCAUACCAAAGUAUUAAUAUUGUAGAAAAAGUCAAGGAUAAUUUAAGCUCCCAUUCUGAUAGUAGAGGCGGGGGAAUCGCUGUUAGAUUUUGAAACAUUCUACUGGUACUUUGGCUGUGGCAUUUUUUAUUAAUAAAUUCAUGCUUUCAUGUUUUUUGUACUAAGUACUUAAUAGUUCUUUAAUGAUUGUAACUCAAGUUUUUACAAAUGAUUUUCUCUGGCUGUGAAUAUACUAUUUAUUGUUUAAUUAGUAAAUAAUAUUUAUUACAUUGUUAUAAACAGUUUAAACUAAUAAAAUUAAAACACA